AUAAUAAAAACAAAUUAUCAAAAAAUCAUAAUUAUUAAAUUGGUAAAUAAAUAAGCAAGCAGGUUUUAUAAGAUAGAUUUUAUAUUACAAACACUCACUCAAACAAUACAAAAAAACUUAACAAAUCAAUAUAAAUUUAGCAAAAAUGGGCAAACCUUUAAGUGAAGACUUGAUAAAGCAAAAAACAAGACAAGAUUCGUUGCAAAUGAUAAGAAAUUUGAAUUUAUGGGGGCAAGACAUUGAUGACUUAAAAGUUUUGAGAAAUAUGCCAAAUUUAGAGGUACUUUCAUUGUCAGUGAAUAAGAUCACUACUUUGAAAGAUAUAGAAUAUUGCCAUAAAUUACAAGAAUUAUAUCUUAGAAAAAACUCAAUAGCAGACAUUUCAGAAAUAAAAUAUCUUUCUUAGUUGAAGUAGCUCAAAGUACUCUGGUUGAGCGAUAAUCCAUGUGCAAGUAUUCCAAAUUACAGAGAAAUAGUCAUAAAAUCACUUCCUUAUUUGGAGAAACUUGAUAAUGUUAAUAUAACUCCUGAAGAUAAAAUGAAUUGCCAAAAUAUUGAAUUAGAUUUCAUGGAAGAAGUAGCUAACAAUAACAACGUUGGAAGUAGCACAAGCAAUAAUAACAGGUAUUCUUCCUACCAAAAUUAGCCCUAACAGCAACAACAAUAAUAAUAUAAUCCUUCUCCUAUGAAUAGGAUGAAUGAUUACAAUACCUAUCAAGAAAAUAACAAUUACUCUCAGUAGUAUCAACAGUCUUCAGCUACUAGAGCCAGCAGCAACAAUUACAAUACUAGAAACAACAAUCCUUCAACCGUUUAAUAAAAUAAUAAUUAGCAGACAAAUUAUGAAGAAGUUUAGCAAAUGAAUAAUGUAAGCCAAAUAGAUGAUCAAUUAGUAAAUAGAAAUAGCAAUAUAGUGUGUGCCAUUCUGUCUUUAUUAAAGGAAUUGGAUUAUAACUCUCUGGAAAUAAUAAGGAGAGAUGUUGAUAGAAAGAUAAAUUCUGCUCAGAGAUACCAAAACUGAUAAUUUAUCAAUCGAUAGAAUAUCAAAAUAAUAUAUCAUGCAUUUAAUUAAAAAUUUAAUUAUAAUUUAAUUAAAAUAUUUACAACAUCUAAUUAAUAUUUAAUUCUUAUUAACUAGCUAAUUAACUAAUUAACUAAUUAACUAGCUUUCAUAUUCCUAUGAUUUAUAUUGCAAUCCCUUUAUAAUUCUAAUUAAUUAUUUUCUAUUUUCUCACCA